UGCUGCAGUCCGAUUCGAGAUCCAGUUGGAAGGAGUUGUUGAGUGUUUAAAUUGAAGUGUUCGCCCAGUUUUCAUUAGGCAAGAAAUGUUAUUUUCGGGUUUGAUGUGCCAGCAAGGAACUUAACACCUAAAUAGAGGCUAUUUUUCGGAGAACAUUGGCUGUUCAUUUGAGAUAUCUAACAAAAUAGUGCUUCAAACAACAGUAAAACUAGAAUCGAGCGCGCUGUUGCGGUGGUAGCGUAAUUUGUGCACAUAUACACACACGUAAACUCGAACGCACGCAUACAGCUUAGGGAGAAGAAGACGUCGACAAAGCAAAAGUGACAGCUCUGCGGACGACGUCGGAUUGGCACCUCCAGGAGAGUGAAGUUGUAAGCAACAUUUUUUUCCAGUUUAGCUCGCCAUAGAGUUAGAAAUUGUGUGAAAAAAGUGGUGAAAGUUUGAUGAUAAAUUUAGUUGCAGUUUCCUGUACGGAUUUAGUGUAAUAUUCAAACAAAAGUUUACCAUACGCGAUACUGCGGAAGGUAACUUUUGCCACUCGAGGAUAAUAUUCGAGAACCGGAGCAACUUGAUGAUGUGAAAGGUUGGGCGAAGAUUGCUGUGUCUUGCAGUUCACUAAAGUUAUCAAAAUAAAGUGUGUAUUUUUACUGCGGAAUAGUGUUGUUCAUUUGACCAAUAACAAGCGGCGCGUGAUAGAGUGAUCUGCGAUUGUGAAGAAAACCUGUAAUAGUUCAAGGAAAACUUCCAUCGAAAGGAAAUAAAUUCAGUUAAAGAACGAGAAGCGCAUUCAUACGGCAGCGGAUAAGGGGAUAGGCGUGGUGAGAGACGGAACCAUUGCUGAUAUCAUUCUUCAAGACAAGCGACAAGCAAAACCUUGUGAUAUUCCGUCAUCCAUAGCCGUUCCACAGCCCAGGAGUGACAUUCAAAUCCACAGGUCGUGAAAAUGUGUCUUCCUCGGCAGGCAAACUAAGCAAGUGGCUGGCAGCAGGGAAGAGCAAAACCCACCAGCCACGGGGCGUACCUGCUGUGAUUAGGCAUCGUGCGACAGAACUGGUGGAUAGCAUUUACCCAACAGCAGUAGCAGCAAUAUCAGUAGGAGCAUAGUAGCAGUAGCAACCCGGCAGCAAAAUGCCACUGCCGAAGCGACUCAUCCAGCCGGUGUACGUGGCCCGGUCAGUGUAUGUGAGAGAAGAACUUCCGGCUGAACUUGAAACGGUAACUAAUACCACCCUCACCAACAUCGUCCGGCAACUGUCGUCGCUAUCCAAACAUGGAGAGGAUCUAUUCGGAGAGCUGACACGGGACGCAGGCAAUCUAGCCGAGCGGGCCAAUUCGCUUCAGGCACGGAUCGAUAGGUUAGCUAUCAAAGUAACCCAACUGGAUAGUACGGUGGAGGAAGUUUCACUUCAAGACAUCCAACUCAAGAAGGCAUUCAAAAGUGCGACCGUUUUCGAUCAGCAGAUUUUUUCCCGACAGACAAUGCCGACCGCUAUGUUGGAGGUCUAUCAGGCUUGCGAUAAACCGCCACCACUGGAUAAAUUAAAUUGUUAUCGAGACGAUGGCAAAGACGGUCUCAAAUUCUACACAGAUCCUAACUACUUCUUCGAACUAUGGCGACAGGAAAUGCUAAAGGACACAGAACGAGUAAUGCACGAUCGCGGUAAAAAGGUUCACAAACCGCGUGGAACUGACGGUGGAGUCGAGGGUGGUCGACAGAAGAAACGACCCAGAGCACCGCACAAUACACGCGAGAAGCAACGCCAGCGGGCGAUUGGUCAUGGUGAAACCCUAAUGCCUAACAAUGUGAUCUACCGAACACCGAAUGCGAUUGCAGCAGCCAAUGAGGAAGCACUGUACAACAGCACCAUGGGUGGCAAUAUUAUUUAUGAUUCCAGGAACUCGGGACCGGCAAGACCAAAUUCGAUUGAACUGCGACGAAGUUACCAGCCGGAAACUGUGGAUGGUGGUUAUGCACCUCCAUCGCCACACUACCAGCAGCAACAACAGCAAAUGGCACAGCAGAACAGCUAUCAACAACAGCAGUCAAUGUACGACGAGUUCCAUAACCAAUCAAUGUACGGAACCAACUCGAGUCAAAUAUCGCAGGAAAGCUUAUAUGCCCCUGGUACUCCUUCGCGAUCAAAAUCGCGACCCUCCCAGCCACCACCAGCGCCACCAUCGACAGGAAGCGGCCAAGGAACUCCUAAUGUAUCGAACGCCAAUACACCUACACGUGGUCGAAGUAUGUCUACGGGUCGAGACAAUCUGCCGCCUCCACCACCGAUUCCGGAAGGUCUUCAAUCACCGCCAAAUAUUCCCAAUGGUGGAGCCAAUGUAGCCGCGAAGCUUCUGAACCGAGCCAACUCGAGAGCGGGCUCUCCUCAGCUCGGGGCCAAUGGUCAGCCCACGCAACCGCAGCAUCAAAUGAUGGGCAUGCACGGUGGAGCUCCACAACCACAGGCAAUCAUCGACCAGAACCAGAUCGCGUUGGCACAGUUGAAUCAGCAGAUUAACAAUCUGAACAACCUCAACAUGCAGUUGAACCAGCUGUCCAUGAAUGAUCUUCCACCGCCGCCACCGAUUCCGGAACAGCUUUCGCCCAAGCAAUCGCCACCGAAUGUAGCACCGCCGCCGCCGCCACCGCCUCCGCCAAUACUGGACGGCCCGCUAAGUCCCUCGAAGCCCCCGAUGACGAACGGCGACAUUAUGCCCAUGCCCAACGGCAAUCUGAUUAUGGGCCAAAUGCACCAACUGAAGAAGAUUCCCCCGCAGGAGAAAAUUGCCUACGAAGAUCCUCGGUCCGAUCUAAUGAAAGCCAUUCGAGACGGAAUCAAACUGCGUAAGGUAGAACAGCGGAACGAUGCCAAGGAGAAUGAUCGUACCAUCGAGCGGCUGCAUGAUGUGGCCUCGAUUCUGGCACGGCGCGUCGCAAUAGAACUAAGCGAAUCGUCCGACUCGGAGAGCGACGACGAUAGCGAGGGGUGGAUGGAGAAUGAAACGUCCGCAUGACAUCACGAGAACGCUGCCGCUGCGGCCGUUACCAUUGCGGCCGGGGGCGGUGGCAAGAAGAAGUAAAUGACAGUGCACUACCUACUGGGCCCUGGAUUACAACAGUCUGGUGGCAAAGGUCAGCGUGUCGUAUCGACGAAAGGAAGUAAGCGAAACACAGCAGAUUACUGUUGCCCUCAGAGCGAGCCAUUUUGUCAGGAUGUGGUAACUGGUAGGGAUUCCAACUAUGCGGAAGUGGGUUUAUUUUUCUUAUUUUUCUUUGGCGUGAAAUAUUUUUGUAGGCGUCAAAGGAGAUUAUACGAAUUCAUAAGUAACCGCCUAUUUCGGCCCACGCAGAGAGUAGAGAUCAGUGAUAUUGCAAAAGAUGUAUAUUUUACUGUAAAUAUACUAAGUUAUUUAUUACUAUGGGAUGAAAGAUUUAAUUAGGCAGAGUUUAUUUUUUCGUUUCAACUGUAGCGUUUCUUUUUUUAAUUUUUACCCAUGCUAAUUUAAACGAAAUUGCGCGAAAAAGGGUAAUAAUCAAAAACGAUGAAAGUUGAUAAUAUUUAAGCGGUUAGAUCUUAAGCACAUAUUCGCAAAAUUAUUUUUGCAGCCUGUACCAAUUCGUAUUGCUAUACUUAUUUGUAGUGGCUUUCGAAAAUUCGUAGAAAUCAAAUCGGCAGAGUAAAGUGAGUCCCUGAAGCAAAAGAAAAAUGGUAAAGUGUGGCACAAUUUUCCAGUAUUUAUUUGCAGCGCCGCCUAUGAUAACAUUUAGAUUUUUUUCAGUUAAGGAAAAUUCUCGUUUUUAAAAGAACGAUAUAGGGUAAUCGCUCCAUUAUUCAUCUCAACAGCUUGGUGCACCUAUAUUCAUCAUAUUUCUCUCAUUUGUCCAAUUUACCGUCUAAUUUCUACAAAUUUUUGAAAGUAAAUCUAUUUGCUUCUCGGUUUUCUCAAGCGGCUGAAAAUUUUACGUUGAAAAUAUGGUAAAAUUUGACGAUAAAUUGAUCAAAAAGGCGUGAUCAGAUGAUACAGGUACUGAGAUGAAUAUAGGAGCGGUUACUCAUAAUUUUUUUCACACCGGAUACCUCCUCUAGCGAUUUAUUCAACUGAAAAUUUUGAAAUGCCCACUUUUCCAAAAAGCAACAGAUCAUGUGCCACAACGUACAUUCGAUAAUCACGAGACUGUUGAAAAAAGAAACAAACCAUUAGAAGCAAACUACUCUCAUUCCACAUGCCCCUUUAUAAAUCUAGAGAACAUGCAAAUGCAAAUAAAACACCACGAAGAUUUCUCUUUUUUUUGGAAAGCAACAAUAGCCCAGUCUAGCGAGUAAAUACUAGGAUAUAAAGGUAAAAUUUAGCAGCAAAUUAGAUCAGUCAAAGACUCAGAUAAAAUCGAUAUUGCGCCAGCAAAAGUGACUAUUUUACGCCAUUUGGAAUGGACUCAGAAGCUCAAAUAUAGCGAAAACUUUGCUAAUUAGUGUCGUAGAAAUCUUUAAGAUAUGUACUGAAAUAUCCAAGCACUUUUUCGGUAACUAUUCUUCACAAUCAUCUAAAAUUGUCCUUCUUAUUUGUCUGUUGCUAUGUCCAUGUAUGCAAAAUCUAUUCUACUUUGUGCAGUUAUGCUCUUGAUACUCCAGGAAAGCAAAACAACCACAAUCUCAUACUCGAUUUUCCCCUUCAUCGUAAAAUAUAAGUAGUCGUUUGCCGCUUCGCUUCUUUUACCUACUCAGAAUUAUAGAAAAAAACGCUUGUCAAAAGGUAAUAUGUGUUGAAAUGCAUCAAAUGCUUGAUAGGAAAAUCCCGGGAUCGGAGAGCAAGUCUAUCUAACAUUUUACACUCGAAAAGACUUACUAGGAAACGAAAACUGAAAUUGGAACCGUUUAGCUACAGCAUAGAUUUCAUACUACACAAUACAAUGUUUGGGACACUGGCAUCCAAGGAUGCAUUAGCAAGCAGAUAGUGUACUCAGCAACACCAUAGCCAAUUUAAUACCAAAAUUAUUUAUAGUGAAAACUUUGAACUGUCUUAUUAACACACCUAUAGUUGUGCAGUACUAACAAAAGGGAAAAUUAUAAUCAAAUGAAAGAAACCAACACACACAGGCAACCACAUUUGAGGGUAUAUUAGCGCUCCGGCGCUAUUCAUAGUUAGACGAUAAAUAUGUUAAUCAACAGUAAUGAAAACAUAAACAUUCUUCCAAGUCCACACCAACAGACAUUAACUGAAACUAUUGAUGUGGGAUGCAGUAAGAUAAAGAUACCAUAGAAGAAACCCAUUCACUCAACCGUCUCGAAAUUACAUCCGAUGCAGACUUCAGUCUGCUCUGUUUUGCGAGAACGGUACGACAAAUGACACAAACCGACACACAAAAUACAUGUUAUGUGUAGCUUAUGACGAAUGAUCCAGAAUAAGCCUUUCGCGUAUGCGAUAUGCUGUGACAAACAUUAUGGGAAACGAAAAUUGUCGGAAUAUAGUAUAGAGCCAAGCAAAGCAUAAGCAUAAUAUUCAUUAACCUUUGAGGCGAUAAUUGUUUAUAGGAAAAACGUCAUAUACUAAGCUGUAACUAGUGGAAGGUCAAACAACACUAACGAUGUAUGCAAAUCACUUUGUGAAAUAUUAGGUUCGUUUCUAGUUUAGUAAGUAUGUAUCUGAAAAUACUAUGCAAAUAGAUUCCGUUUCGCAGUCUUAAGCGUAAAGAGAGAUUCACAUUUUGUUUAUAUAGGUUAGUGUAUAUCGGUUUUUUUUUUUCUGUACUAUUCCAGUCGUUCUUGAAAAUUGUUUUAUAUUUUUUAAACUACUAAUGAACUUGAUCUUAUUUUGCUGUAUGAUAGAACAACAACAACAACAACAAACUAUUCGACUACUGUAACUUGAAAUAUGAAGCUUUGCGAAUAGUAAACAAUGAGUAUAAUAUUAAAAGUUUAUUAAAAUAAAGAAAAACUUAA